UCCGUUUUGCCCGCCGCCGUGCGGUACUUCGGCGAUGACACGGCCGGGCGGCAGAAAUACCACAGUGACCUUUAGAGAUCGGAGCCGCCGGUUCCUGUCAGGGGAUGUCCGAGUGAUGAAGGCGCUGACGGUUGUCGCUUGCCAGCACGAGCGCCACCGUUAACUCGAGUGGCGUUGGUACCUUGGCGCAGGAGCGCGGGCGCUCACGUGAGGAGCGGCAAGGACAGGUGUAGAGUUAGCGUCUUCAUCCCUGUUCCAGCUAUAUUUAUCCCACCUGUACCAUGUAGAGUAAACGAUGAGCUUCAUAGAGAGUGGAAUGAGCGAGGAGCUAAUCAUCUGUAAGCCCCGCAUUAGUCUCGGGCUGGGCAUAGGGGCAGUGGCCGGUUUCGGUCUCAUGUACCUGGCUUACACUAAGGGAUGGGGAAGGAGGCACUCCCAGAAAAAACGGGAGUUUUCCUGGAGUGAACUGAAACAUAGACGGUCGGCAGUACGGGGCCAAGAAGUAAAGAUGGAAAGUCGAACAAAUUUGGCAGAUAAUUACAGCAACAAUGAAGCACUGAAAGCACAGCAGGUAGAAAUAUGGGAACAGUUAGAUAUAAUACUUCAAAGUGUGAGAGAACUAAAAGAAGAGGUGAUUGAACUUCGGGAGUGCCUAAAUGGGAUGACAGAUCAGAUUGCCAACGAUGUCAGGUCAAGUUUAGAGCGAUGCCAUAAAGUACCAGAGAAGAAAACAGGAUCUAGCAGAGAAAGAAGUAAUUCUGUCAAAUCAAAUUCCAUCUAUUUCACAGCCAACACUAGGACUAAGAGCAAUGCUGAAACAGAGAGUGAAGAAGGGUAUACUACAGCUAAUGGAGAUUCUGAUUAUGAAUGUGGUAAAGCAGCAGAUGAACAAGCUAAUCAAAAAGAUCCAUCUGAUUCAAGACUGUCUUCUAAAAAGGUGGAUGAAUUCUUUCAACUUUUAUGUAUUGCGGAUAGCUUACAUGAAGGCACAAUUACGGACAAGGCAAAAGGACUUAAGAUGCUCUUGAAAAAAAAAUCCACAUACAAUAUGAAGCCAAAUUUCUGUUGGCGACUGGCUCGAGCCUACCUUGACAUGGAAGAGAUGUCUAUAAAUGAAAAUGAGAAGAUAUCCUAUUUAGACCUAGGAAAAGAAGCGGCAAAAACUGGUCUUCAGUUAGAUGAUUCAAGUGCAGAAUGCCACAAGUGGUAUGCUAUUAUAUCUGGCCAACAGGCUGACCAUGAUACUACCCAGAAUCGAAUCAAGGCCGGAUAUACUUUCAAGGAGCAUAUUGAUAAGGCCAUUAAACUGAAAAAUGAUGAUCCUUCUUUAUACUACCUGUUGGGAAGAUGGUGCUAUGAGGUAGCACAAUUAGGAUGGAUUGAAAGGAAGGCAGCAGCCACUUUCUAUGGAACACCUCCAAGAUCCACUAUUGAUGAAGCUCUGAAGAACUUCCUAAAGGCUGAAGAGUUGAAUCCAGGGUACUCCAAAUCCAACUCUGUCUACAUUGCAAAGUGCUACAGGGACCUUGGCAACAAUGCAACAGCCCUACAUUGGCUGGACUUGGCAUCUGAGUUGCCUAUCAAAUCAAAAGACGACACAGAAGCCCAGAAAAAUUUGGAAGCAAUGCGAAAUACCCUCGUCAAAAGGAGCUAAGCCCAGUGCUGUUAACCAGAAGAAGCUUAGAGGGCUUUUAUCUUGCUACAGAAUGACUUUCUGUCGUGUUGUCAGUUUAACUUUGAAUACAACAUCUCUCACUGUGGUAUUUUAUUCUGUUAUUUUAUAACUACAAAAUAUCAUAAAUCAUGACAGACUGGUGGUAAAAGGUUGAAAUUUUUCACCAAGUUUCAAAAGAUCACUCCUUAUUCAAAUACAUUUGAAGAGAUAGACUUUAGAUAAGCUGGCAAUUUUAUUCCCUUUAGCAGCAACAUUUUCAAUUUCAUGUAAAAAAACUGACAUCUCCAAGAAAACUAUAAUUUUUUUUUCAUGGCGCCAAUUCACAUUCUUUUCACAAUAGCUUGAAAUGUACUGAAUUCCUUUACUGAACUUUUGGGGUUAAUUGCAUACAAGUUUCCAAAAUCAGAAUCACUGUAUCAGAAAUCUGUCUUAGAGAGUUUGCAUUAUUUCAGUGUUUUUUUUACUUUUUAGUAGAUAAAGUCCUCAUACACAGUAUAGUUAGCAAACUCGAUAUUUAGCGUUGACCUAACUAUUCAUGUGCUUCCUUUGGCUUAGCAGUGAAUAGACUUAAUUGGUGGCAGUGAUGAAACCUGCCCAUGACUGGUGAACUGGAAGUGUUAGAGGUCAUUAGAACAGGAUAACAGGUUGGUUUCUCGAUCCCUUUUUCAUCAGCUCUCAUAUCAGAAGGCAAAGAAAGAAGUCAACAUUUAUGAUGACCACAUGACCAUGUGUCCAGGAUUAUAGUAGGACCAUCACUGCCAUAGGCCAUUGUAUCUGAGAGGAAUUGUGGGCCAGUCAUUUAGGAGAACCGCAAAGUGCUUUCAUGGAACUGCCUAAGUCAAAUCCUUUGGGAAUGGAAAAGAGUAUUCCGAUAUUUCACAAUAUAAACAUAACCUUCAUCCAAAUGUUGUUUUAUCUACAUUAAUUUAUGCAAGACUUGCUCAUCGAUAUUGCAUGACUUUUAUUUUAUAGCAUAAUAAUAAGAAAAAUAGAGAAGUGCUAAUAAGCCCCUCGUAUCCGUUGUGUCUUUCAAAAAAGAUGAUGGAUUCUCUCUCUUAUUCACUAUUCCGCUCAACUACAAUGUCCUCUGAUAUCAUCAGUACUCAAAAAGCUAUCUUUCUCAUGGUCUUAGGCUUGAUUAUACAAUAACUUGACCUGCUACAGCCUCCAAGUCAGAAAACUCCACUGAUAUACUGUUUUCUGCAUAAACAAGUUUCUCAAAUGACACACCCUCACCCCAAGAUUGUAUUCUCUAUUUCUCUGCAGCCAUAGGAAACAACAGCACACCCAAUCAGAUUACCUCCCAUUCUUCUAAAUUCCAGUGAGUGUAGGCUGAUCUCACUUGGUGUCUCCUCUUUGGAUGACUCACACAUUUUGGGAUUCAGUUUAAUAAAUUUACCUGGCUUUCAUUCCAAGGUGAGAGUAUUCUCUUUUAGGUACAGAAUCCAAACCCCCACUGUCAAUAUUAGAUGAGGUCUUACAAAAGCUCUGUAAAAUUCAGCAAGGUGCUCUUCCUUUUGUAAAGACCAAUGUACCAGUAAAUUGCUACCCAGCUGAUACAGUACUAGAAUUCUACCAUCUGCUCUGAUCCAUAAUGAAAAGGGUUUGGAAGAUGUUAGCGGGGGUUAGGUGAAAUAUCUCUGCUUAUUGGGUAUAUUUGAAGUAUAGCAGAGAACAGAGGACUUUGUAAAAUGUCAAGCAGGUUCAUGUAUGAGUUCUAAAUAUCUUCGCAGCUGUUCAAACCUGUCUGUCACAUAAUAACUGAACAGAGAAAAAGUAUUCAAAGAAGUUCUCGUGGCCACACUGAGAACAAUGACUCCUGACAAGAGUUCACUGACUGUUGGGAAUUCCUGCCCCACAACCAUUCAAAGAAGAGAAAGAUCAUUCAGGAUGGCACUGAGGACUUUGAGUCAAGGUGUCAGGAGGUCAUAGAAGUCCAGAAUAAAGAAUGGAAGGAGUGCACCACCCCCCAAUUACCGACUUUGUCACCUAUUGCAGGUCCAUGUUGACACAUCAGUUACUCCCAACCUAUGAAAGUGGAGCAGAAGCAAUUCAAGCCUGAUCCCAAGGGUGCACCUAAGAGGAGGAGCAGCAGAAUCUGUCUCUACUUUCAUUCAGUUAUGGGUAUUUGUGGAAUCCUACAUUAUCAUGUUUUUUGGCAAACAAAUUAAUUAACCAUGUAAACAGGCACCAUCUGGAAAUGUUCAUAGCAUCCGAAAAAGUGAAUAAUCAAAAAAAGUCUAGUUUAUAGGAUUUCAUCUCUGCUCAGUUCAUAUUUCACAUAUAGUCCCAAAACAACUACAUACCUUUAUUG